GAAAGAAAAAGCAAGAAAAGCAACAAAUCCUUUUGUUGUUCCUUUGAUCUGUAACUCACUAUUAUGGAAAGAACAAACGCCAGCAGUGGAAGUUUCAGAAACCUACCCUUUUAAUCUUAUCUUCUUCGCGAACGUCUUUCUUAUGUAAUAAGCUCUACUUCGUGCAAGCUUCUGCUCCAAGUUGAAUUACUUGGAAUUCAUCAUCAGAAAUCUAUGCAGGAAAUGGGUAUGUUCAUGUUUGUCUAUUAGUCAUUCUAUGGAUCAGAGGAGGAGGAUUCUGAUAAGCAAUCCAUAAAAAUCAGCACCUGGCCACAAGGAUUAACAAGGAGGAUCAUGGAGAUAUUAACUGAUGAAAACAUCAAACUGAUAUCAGUUGCAGACACGGCAGAAUACAGAUAUCCAAAUGUUACAGAAAACACAGAGACAAAUGUUACAGAUCACAUAGAUCAGAUAGUUGCAGAACACAGUGACCCAACAGACAAGUUUCCAUUCAUGAAGGCAUUGAGAAGCAGGGAGAACCAUAGUGAUCCUUGUGGGGGGAAAUAUAUUUUUUUGCAUACACUACCAAGAAGGUUUAACGCAGACAUGCUGAAGGACUGCAAGAACCUUAACCAAUGGGUUGAUAUGUGUAAGUUCAGUUUGAAUUAUGGUUUAGGCCUUCCACUGAAGAACAAGGAGAAUGUUUUCACGAAAAAAGGUUGGUUUGCUACAGACCAAUUUGCACUGGAUUUGAUCUUCAAUAAUAGGAUGAGACACUACGAAUGCUUAACAAGUGAUCCAGCCAUGGCAGCCGCGUUUUUUGUUCCUUUCUAUGCUGGGAUAGAUGUGGGACGAUACCUUUGGGGGCCCUAUAACAUUUCUGUGAGGGAUGCUGCUUCUCUUGAGCUUGUCACGUGGUUGGUGAGAAGGCCUGAAUGGAAAAUCAUGCGAGGCAAGGAUCAUUUUCUUGUAGGAGGAAGAAUUACCUGGGAUUUCCGAAGAAGAACAGAUUCGGAAUCCGACUGGGGAAACAAGCUCCUGGUCCUGCCUGAACUCAAGAACAUAUCUAUGUUGGUUAUAGAAUCUAGUCCAUGGCAUGCAAAUGACUUUGCUGUGCCUUACCCUACAUACUUCCAUCCUGCAAAGGAUAAAGAAGUAAUUGAUUGGCAGAAGAGAGUGAGGAGAUUUAACAGGCCUUGGCUUUUCUCGUUUGUCGGUGCCCCACGUCCUCAACAAGUUGACUCAAUCCGUGGGCAGAUAAUUGAUCAGUGCAGGAGAUCUUCUCGAUGCAGAUUGUUAGAAUGUGGCACUGGGAAGAACAGUUGUUAUUCUCCCAGCAACGUUAUGAGGGUAUUUCAGGGUUCGGUUUUCUGUCUCCAACCUCAGGGUGAUUCAUUCACUAGAAGAUCUGCUUUUGAUUCAAUCCUUGCCGGCUGUGUGCCUGUUUUCUUUCAUCCUGCAUCUGCAUAUACACAGUACAUAUGGCAUUUGCCACGGAAUUACUCCAAGUACUCGGUCUUCAUAUCCGAGGAUGACAUCAGAGAAGGGAACACUCUGAUAGAGCAAAGGUUACUUAAACUAUCACAGGAUCAGAUCAGCAAGAUGAGAGAAGAGGUGAUCAAACUUAUUCCAAAGUUGGUCUAUGCUGACCCACGAUCUAAACUAACAAAGAUCAGAGAUGCUUUUGACAUAUCAGUCGAAGCAGUGAUUGACCGGGUGGCAAAGUUGAGGAUGAACAUAGUUAAUGGCGUUCAUGAGAAUGAGCCUGAUGAAAGUUACAGUUGGAAGUAUCCUCUACUAGAGCCAGGGGCAGACACAGUAGUGGGGGAGUAUGAAUGGGAUCAUUUCUUCUAUAAACAGAAGGAAGGAUAAUAGAAGCCCGUGAACAGUUUUGUACGUUAUCAAAGAAAUCCUUAUACAUUCAUUGGUUUUAUUUUUCUUUGACUUUUCCAAUGUACAUAAUCAAUUGACAUUGAUUUCAAAUACUUUAG